AUGGUCGGAUCAGACCCCGUAGCGAAAGAUCGAUGGAAUGCUCAAGCGUACGAUGCAGCCGCUAGCUUCGUUCCCAAACUCACGUCAGCCAUCCUCGCAGAGCUCGACGUCCAACACGACGACCACAUCCUCGACAUCGGAUGCGGCGACGGGCAACUCACAGCCCAGAUCGCCCAGACCGCUUCGUCAGGUAGAGUGCUCGGAAUCGACUCGUCGCCGUCCUUCAUCGACACAGCCGCCAAGAGCUUUUCAGCUCCCAACUGCACCUACGUCCUGCACGAUGCUCGGGCACUAGAUGCCUGCUCCGACGCAAUGACCGGAUCGUGGGACAAGGUCUUCAGCAACGCAGCCCUACACUGGAUCCUCCGGGACCCAACGACCCGAUCGGCGUUCUUUCCGAACGUCUACCGCGCGCUGAAACCAGGCGGGAAGCUGGUUUUCGAGAUGGGAGGGUUCGGCUGCAUCAGGGAGGUCCACGCGUCGAUGAUCUCGUCGUUGGUGCACGCCGGUCUCUCGUCAUCCGAAGUGCAGGCGUCGUCGCCGUGGUUUUUCCCCAGCGCGGAAGCGAUGCAGAAGUACCUCUCGGACGCCGGGUUCCGCGUGAAGCAGUGUCAUCUUGUAUACAGGCCUACGGAGCUCACGCCUGCGAAUGAGGCUGGUACGGGAGGUCUCGAGGGUUGGGUCAGGCUGAUGUGCGCUGAGUUCCUGCAGGCGGCUCCACGAGGUAAGCGGGAUCAAGUGGUCAAGGAAGUAUGUGAUAUUCUCGGACCUGUCAUUACGAAGGAGGAUGGAACGCUCUGGCUAAACUACGUACGAUUGAGAGCAGUGGCGAUUAAAGAAUGA